AUGGCAAUUCCUAAAUACAGUAAUGCCAGCAGCUUCUUCUUCAUAUUAAUGGAUCUUCCUGGACUGGAGGCUGCUCAUUGCUGGAUGGCUAUUCCUAUCUGCUUUAUCUAUGUUCUUUCUGUGGUCGGCAACAUCACCAUAAUGUACAUUGUUAACUCUGUGCCCAGUCUCCACACACCCAUGUAUCUCUUCCUUUCCAUGUUGUCAAUAGCUGAUUUGGGCCUUUCAGCUUCCACCCUGCCUUCAAUGGUAGCUGUUUUUCUCCUGGGCCAGAGGAAGAUCGGAGCUGCAACUUGCUUUGUGCAGCUCUUCUUCAUCCACACUUUCUCAGUCAUUGAAUCUGCUGUUCUGUUGGCCAUGGCCUUUGACCGUUGUGUGGCCAUCCGAGAGCCUUUACGCUAUGCCACAAUUCUCACAUCCAAACGCAUUGGAUCCAUUGGACUGGCCAUCGUGACCCGUAGUGGUGUCCUCCAUCUGCCCCUGCCUGUGUUCCUUGGAAGACUGAAGUUUCAGCCUGUGAGUGCUCUGUCUCAUUCUUAUUGUGUACAUCCUGAUAUUCUGAGGCUGUCCUGUUCCAGCACUCUUGUCAACAGUGGCUUGGGGCUCUUUGUCAUGCUCUCCACACUGGGGAUGGAUGCUGUGCUCAUUCUCCUCUCCUAUGUGCUGAUCUUGAAGACUGUAUUGAGUGUUGCUUCCAAUGAUGAGAGGCUGAAAGCUUUCAAUACCUGCAUUUCCCACCUCUGUGCUGUACUCUUAUUUUAUACCCCACUAGUUAGCCUGUCCAUGAUCCAUCACUUUGGGAAAAAGAAACUACCAGCUCAGGUGUACAUGAUUCUCUCUUAUCUGCACUUUCUUAUGCCACCAAUGCUCAACCCAAUUAUCUACAGUGUCAGAACAAAAGAAAUUCAGGUACGCAUUAUAAAGAUGCUCCAUUCCAAAAAGCACUAA